GCCGUUGCCGUGUCGUCGUGUCGGGGGCGAGGGCAGGCGAGGUUCAUGGGCACCGAGGGGCUGAGCAUACGCCGUGGGCCGAGCGAGCCAGCUCUCUACCCCGGCACCAUCCCGGAGCACUUUGCCGCCACCGUCGCGCGGCACGCCGACCGGCCCGCCGUCAUUGCGCGCGCGCCCGUCGCCGCCAUAGCCUCGACUCCCGCUCACCAGCAGCAGCAGCAGCAGCAGCAGCAGCACGAUGUGGAGGAGACGGUCCUCACGUACCGCGGCCUCGACCUCCUCUCCAACCGGCUCGCCGCCUCGCUGGCGGCGCUCGGCGUGCGCAAGGGCGACCGCGUGGCCGUCUCGCUCGGCAACGGGCCCGAGUUCGCCGCGCUCAGCUACGCCGCCUUCAAGCUCGGCGCCGUCCUCGUGCCCCUGAACCCGAGCUUCAACGCCGCCCAGGUCUGCGCCGCCCUCGCCCACCUCGGCGCCGAGCUGCUCGUCAUCGGCGCCGUCACCGACCUCGCCUACAAGCCGGGCAACGGGCGCAGCAACGAGGAACUGCUCGCCGCCGUCGUGGCGGGUGGUGACGGAGGAGGGGGCGGUUUACGCGCGGGUGGCCCCCUGCGAAGCGCCGCCGUGCCCUCGCUGAGGCACGUCGUCGUCGUCGACAACAGGGCCUACCACCCCAACGUCACAUUCCCGCUCGAGGCGUGCCCCGCGCUGACGCCGUACGCGGCGCUGCUCGCGGGCUCCGACGCGCCCGUGACGCCCUCGGAGCUGCUCCUCCCGUCCGACACCAUCAACAUCCAGUUCACGUCGGGCACCACGUCGACGCCCAAGGCGGCCAUGCUGGCGCACUCGUCCAUCCUCAACAACGGGGCGUUCAUCGCCCACCGCAUGGGCCUCGAUCCGGGCGACCGCGUCGUGGUGCCGCCCCCGCUCUUCCACUGCUUCGGCUCCGUGCUCGGCUACAUGGCCACGGCCACGACGGGCGCCGCCCUGCUGUUCCCCAGCCCGGCCUUUGACCCCGUCGCCACGCUGCGCAUGUGCCUCGACCGCGACGCCACCGGCCUCUACGGCGUCAGCACCAUGCUCGUCGCCGUCCUCGAGGCCCUCGACGCCGGCCUCGUCCGCGGCGGCGCCGCCCCGCGCAGCCUCCGCAAGGGCAUCGUCGCCGGCAGCAGCGUCCCCGAGGCCCUCAUGCGCCGCAUCUACCAGCGCCUCGGCCUCGAGGACCUCGUCAUCUGCUACGGCAUGACCGAGACCAGCCCCGUCAACUGCAUGACCACGCCCUCCGACCCCUUCGCCAAGCGCACCUCGUCCGUCGGCCGCCCCAUGCCCCAUACCACCGUCAAGAUCGUCGACCCCACGGACCGCUCCCGCAUCCUGCCCCUCAACACGCGCGGCGAGCUCGCCGCCUCGGGCUACCUCGUCAUGAAGGGCUACUACGGCGAUCCGGAGCGCACCGCCGAGGUCCGCAUCGAGGAGCCCCAUCACCCGGGCCUCCCGACCGACAACGCCGAUACCGCCACCCCGGGCAAGAAGUCGCCCGGCGGCACCACCGUCUGGAUGUACUCGGGUGACGAGGCCGAGAUGGAUGCCGACGGCUACGUCACCAUCACCGGCCGCAUCAAGGACCUCAUCAUCCGCGGCGGCGAGAACAUCCACCCCCUCGAGGUCGAAAACUGCCUCUUCCAGCUUCCCGGCGUCAAGGAGGUCUCCGUCGUGGGCGUCCCCGACGAACGCCUCGGCGAGAGCGUCGCCGCCUUUGUCAUCCCUCGCCGCGACUGGGUCACCGCCGACACCGACGCCAACGCAACCGACCAGCAGCAGCAGCAGCAGCAGGAGGGCGGUCCCCAAGUCCUGACAAAGGACGCCGUCCGCUCCUGGGUGCGCGCCAAGCUCUCGAGCCACCUCGUCCCCAAGCACGUCUUCUGGGUCGACGAGUAUCCCAAGACAGCCAGCGGCAAGAUCCAAAAGUUCAAGCUGCGUGACAUGGCCGUCGAGGCUCUGAAGGCUGCCGCCGCCGCCGGCGGCUCGGUCAAGGCAUAGUAGAUAGGGAAAGCGUCAACGAUAUAUGAUUGACUUUUUAUAGCCUCCAGGUGUCAAUAUAGCGGUCCGGCUUGGAUGGCAUUCCUGCCAUAUUUUCAACUAUCAUGCAUGCCCAUUUCGACGCUGAGGAACACGUGUAUCCUCACGGCCAACGCACGGCUGUCACUGAGGCAUCGUCGAUCAAAUCAUAGGAGCAGCGGCUCGGCCGCCGCUUAUUCGUUAACAAUGAUGAACCCAGUCCAGCCAGAACCCAGUCAGUGAUCGCCUCAGCAAAUGGGCUCGCUCUCGGCCCACUGCCAGCAAUCAAACAAGCCUUUCAAGUCGGCCGUAUCGUCUCUAAGGGGCAUCGCCUCUAUGCGUCAGGAAAUCUCAGACCGCGAAAGCACGCCAGCCCCGGCUGCCACGCGGGGGCCUGACCCAAGUAAAGCACGAAGCAUGGGGGG